AUGCAGAAAUCGCACUGCAACUCCUGCAACACAAUGCGAAUCCUGGACUUUACUACAGAAUUCCUCCCUAACAAUGGGGAUCUCGAGGAAUCCGUAUUAAAAAUUGUUGAAAGCAGCAAUAAACACUACAUCAAGGAUGCUCUUUGGAAGAGGCAGCUCAUGAAAGUCCAAAUGAAAACUCUCCUUGUGAGUUUGGACGAGGACGGAAUUUGUACAAAAGGGAGUUUAUCCAACGUUGUUUGUAGCCUGUUUGUUCAGUACUUUGCCAGUGGGAACUAUGGAUUUGUAAAGAUAUUAAACUGGAAUGAUCUGAUUGAUCAGGAGAUUGAAAGCACACGAGAGCUACUGAAGGAGGCCAUCUCUAUUCUCAAUAAGGUUCAUAUUUAAGCUUACUUACAACUCUCAUAUGUAUGGGCCUUAAAAAUUAGGGAGCUUCUCUUUUCAGCAAAUGUCUAAUGAGUUUCUUUUAGGUUGAGAAGGGCAAUAAUGUUUUCUAUUUAUUUUUAUUAUUAUUAUAAUUUUCUUUUUCUUCUGUUUUUUGUUCCUGUUUUAUUUUGAGGAGGAGUGGGGGUGUUAAGGGGAUCAUUAUUAGGGGUUGGGAAAGCAAGACUGGUGUAUGGAUGCUUCCUUAUUUUGGCUACUUUUCUAACCUUCCUGUAAAGAGCUGAAAACUGAUGGGGUGCUCUAAAAAGCUUUAGAUGGGGAGGCUCAGUGUUCCAGAUGGUCAAUUACUUGACAAUAAAAAGGCUUCCUGACGUGACAGAUGACAUAUAAGUGUUAUGUUACAUUUAACGAAAAAAAGUAGCAUGUGGUCUUGGUGACACCUCAGAUGGUGUACAUGACUCCCCGCUUUAAAGUAUUAACUAAAACACUGGAGGCUCAAUGCCCCGAGGUCCAACCCCUUGUCCUUUGUUUAUACCAUUUUUGACAGAAAAAGAUGCUUCCUUCGUAUUCCUUCUAUAAACAAAUGGUACUCCUCUUAGAUACCUAAUUAGAACUUUAUAUCCCUGCUGUAAAUGCCUUGUCUAGGUUAAAAUAUAAAUAAAUCACACAACCACAAUGUUUAUCUUCAAAAUGCAUCUGUUAGCCCCUUUUACAGACCAAAAUGACAGGUCUUCCUACCCUUUCAUAUACUUCAACCAGUGGAUUCCCCACACUUUCAUAUACCUAAGGCCUGAAAAAGGUACCCCUUCUGGGUGGAGCGUCCGUGUCCAUUAUAGGAAGAGGCCCUACCAGGGGGGGGGGGGGGUCCAUGUCAGCCAUCUGAAUUUUAAAAUGUCUCGUGUCAGUGUUUAUAAAUGCUUGUCACUUAUUGUCGGCUUUGCCGUCUCUGUCACAAUUUGGCCGAGGGAGGUUGUCUCUUCUCGGAUAUUCAUUUUACGCGCUGUCUUGGGCCAUGUCGCUUGUCGGAAUUUACCCUGGCAGGCCGGGCCUCUAGGGAGUACUCCCCAUCUGGGGUGCUGAACCUGAUAGAUAUAGUGCAUUGAAAUCCCAACUAACAAAGGCAGCAUUGAGUAGCAUUGAAUGUUAUAAUAAUUAAAGAAGGACGAUAUGACAAAAAUCUCUUCACGUCUUGUAUUGUUUUCUUGUAUUUUCCUCUAUAUUGACAAAUUGUCUUUAGGAAGUCCUCAGAUUAUGUACAGUCAUAACUGUACUGUAAUUAGAUUAUAAAGAUGAUAAAUUCCAAAUGGUUAUAUCUUGUAACGUAACAUUUUAUUUUCAAUUUUUGCAGUAUGCCCAGCAAAGUGGACAUAAAAGGUGUCAUGAAAUCUUCAGUGUUUUGACCAAGAAUCAUAGACUGAAAUUGGCUGGCAAACAUGGCUGGUCUCAACAAUCCAAGUGUUUGUAUUCGGCAGGAUUUCGCCUGAUAGAUACCAAGGCCUCAAUUGUGACAUUUGUCUCCUUGUUUACAAACCUGAUUUGA